UUAUAAAAGCUCAAGACUGAAAAGUCCCUCCAGCUUUCACAACCCAAACUCUGCUUCAAACAGAGUCCUCUGUUUUUUUCCCCUGCUAUGGCUUUGGCACCAAGGGCCUUAUUGGCUCUGCUGUUGGUAAUGGCAGUGGUACUGGAAUUGUCUUAUGCUGCAGUGUAUAAGGUUGGAGACUCUGCUGGUUGGACCACCAUUGGAAAUGUCGAUUACAAGCAGUGGUCAUCUACCAAAACCUUCGAAAUUGGUGAUGUUAUCCUGUUCGAGUACAAUGCACAGUAUCACAAUGUGAUGAGAGUAACACAUGCCAUGUACAAGACAUGCAAUGCAACGGCACCACUGGCCACGUACACUACCGGCAACGAUUCCAUUACUAUCAAGACGCGCGGCCACCACCUUUUCUUCUGCGGUGUCGCUGGUCAUUGCCAAGCAGGACAAAAGGUUGACAUCAAUGUACUUUACUCUCCUGCUUUGGCUCCAACUCCUGCUGCUGCUGCUUUCCCAUCUCCUUCAGUUCCCGCCGUCGAAGCAACUGAUCCUUCUCCAAAUAAUGCGGCAUCUUUGAAGCCUUCAAUGGCUCUUCUUCAAGAACUUGGUUUUGCCAUCUUUGCCUUCAUUGUAUCUUCUUUUGUUUGAUCCAGUGGUGUUAAGCUUUAGGGUUUGUAACGUUAUUAUAGACCAUAUGCGGUUAUAUAAGUACUCCCAUAACCGUAUAAGAGUAUGUAUUUGUUUUUUUUUUAAAUUUAAAAUAACGCAAUUAGUAUGAGUAAUCAUCCUUUGCUUCAUGUAA